UCCCAAUCCCCACGCCCGCCGCCUAGCUCGUAGCUUCACCGCCAUCCAUCCCCUUCUAUUUAUAUUUCUUUCAGUCGUUGACAAAGAACCCACCGCUUGUCGUUGCCGAGAAGAAGAAGAAUAAUAGAAUGUUCUCUUCCAAUUUCGUAAUUUCCGUACCCAGUUUUUGUACCAGAUGACGGGAAAUUUUAGGCUUUAUCAUGGAGCCAGGUGGGUUUUGUUCGCCGCCACCUUAUCGUCGAUUUCCGCCCCGCCGUGGGUCGCAGGGCAGAAGGCCGACAGUUCGCAGCAUCCGCAGGCGCUGGGUGGUUACUCCUUUGAAUCCAAGGUGGGAGUCAACCCCACCAUGGCUAUCAUAUUCAUCUGCCUCGUAAGCACCUUCUUCCUCAUGGGCUGCGUCUCAGUCUAUAUCCGCCAGUGCGCCGAGCAUCGGAUGUCUCGAAAUUUCACGCUCGAGUCCGACGGGGUGGGGGCCGGGCGCCGCUCCCGAAGGCGCGUUGCCCGCGGGCUCGACCUCGCCGUGAUCGAAGCUUUCCCAACUUUCGUUUACUCCGAGGUAAAGGAACUUAAGAUUGGGAAGGCGGCGCUGGAGUGCGCCGUGUGCUUGAACGAGUUCGAAGAUGACGAGACUCUCCGGCUGCUUCCCAAAUGCAGCCACGUGUUCCACCCCGAGUGCGUCGGCUCGUGGCUGGCGGCUCACUCCACUUGCCCGGUCUGCCGGGCCAACCUCGUCCCGAGACCCGGCGAACCCACUCCGGCAACUCUAUCGGGUCAGAACCCGGAUAUCGAAGGUGGUUCAGCUGAGCCGGAAACGGAAAGCAUAACCUUGGAACCCGCGGUUGAUAAUUCCGAUGUGAAUUUUGAGGCUCCAGAGAUAGUCAACGUUGUUCAUACGCCGAGUCCGAAUCGUCCGGGUCGGUCCACUCCGAGAAGAGACAGACUGACGGCGAAGAUUCUGAAGUCUUUCUCGACCGGUCACUCGCUGGUUCAACCUGGCGAGGACUGCGAGCGGUUCACCCUGAGGUUACCGGAGGAGGUACGGAUCCGGUUGGUCGGGUCAGGUCUGAAGCGGACGAAGAGCUGCAUGGCGCUCCCCAUGGCUAGGAGCUCGAGAAAGGGUUUUAGGAGCAGCGGAGGAGGAUCCGGCCUAGGAAGGAACUUUUACGAGCGGUUCGAUCGGGAGAACCGGCCGGACCGUUGGGCUCUCGCAAUGACGCCGUCGAUUUUUCCUCGGGCCGGAUCGCCUAAAAUGGUGGUUGGCGGGGAGCAGUCGGCGGCGGAACCGAGGACGCUGUUGAAGUCCGUUAGGUCGCCGUUAAAUCGGCUGUUUGGGUCGUCGCCGGAUGGUAGGCCGAGGGGGGACGUUGACGUUGGGGAACGGUCGUUUGACAGGUUACGGCCGUUGGAUGGUGAAGUUUAACGGAGUUGGAAACACCGUUUCUUACAGUUAAAUUUAAAUCUCCAGUUUGGUCACGUGAGACGAAAAUUCGUUAAUUUGAGGAUUUGUUAGUAAAAUGUCUUGUGUUUGUA